AUGGGACCAACAAUUCAUAUUAAUAGUAAUAGUUUUGGUGGAUUUAAUGACGAGGAACUUUUAAAGGUUCAAGGCAUUAUAGAAGAGUUAAAAUUAACCGAAGAUAUUGUUUCUGAAGAAUGGGAGAUUUUUCAAUUAAAUAAAAAGAUUAACGAAAAUUAUAUUAGACAUUUAGAGGGUUUUAAAACACACUUAAAAAAGAAAUCGAAACAGUUACAGCAAAUAAAAACAGCACAGCAAAAAGAUGUUAUAGUUGAAGAAGAUCCACAAUUAUUCGAUGAUGUAGAUAUAGGAGAUGUAAUGGAUGAUGCUGAUAUUUCAAAUAAAACAGUCGUUACUUCAAAUAGCCCAACCAUUACUCCAACAACCACUAUAGAUAAUAAUAAUAAUAAUAAUAAUAAUAAUAAUAAUAAUAACAAUAUAGGAAUAGAUCCAACAGACCAAGAUUUUGAAUUUGAUUUUGGUACUAAUGCCCAAACAACAACAACAAACAGAACUUUAAAACUAAAAAAUCCAGCACCAUUAUAUAGCUAUAAUGAAAGAAAAAAUAUAGGAGGGGUGAUUUUAUCGUACAAUGAUAAUCAAGUAACAUUAGAUGCCAAUAACAAAGAAAAGAAACCAAUUGAGUUCAAAGGUAUAGGCGAACCAUUUUAUCCAAUAAAGUACUAUAGUGAUACAAUCGAACAGAGAACUAAAAUUUUAAAAGAUAGUGUCCAAUCAUUUAAGACAACACCCAACUCAUUCCCAGUACCACUUGAAACUGGCGAGUCCUCUUUAGUUAGAACUGUAGGUAGAGCAUGGCAAUACGAUUUAGAAACCCAAUUACCAAAGAAAUUCUUUUUAUUGGGAAGUGGUAAUGAACAAGCAGUAAAAGCAACAGCACCAAAAGAUACAACAUCAUCUGUACAUGCAUUAGAAAACAAUAUUCCUGUUGAUUACUGUAUGUUUUCAGGUCAAAUUUUAAUGACAGAAGCUAAAAAAGCAGUUGGCUCAAAUGUAUACUACGCAAAGCAAAUGUAUGAACCAUUACCAUUACCAUUCUAUCCAAAUGAAAGUCGUAAAGAAACUGGUGAUAUCACUGUUAUGGUUGCAUCAGGUCCAUUCGAUCUUUCAAAACCUGUUGUUGACUAUGUACCACUUCAUGAUUUAUGCUCGAUAGUAUCAGAACGUAAGCCACAUUGUCUUAUCUUAAUGGGUCCAUUCAUUGAUGAUACCAAUCACCAUCUCUCCAAAUACUCUGAAACUUUUACCGAAAUCUUCAAUAACUUAAUGAAAACCAUAAGUGAAAAAAUACCAUCUUCAACUAAAGUUUUAAUUGUACCAUCACUUAAAGAUGUAGAUCAUGAUUACAUUUUACCACAACCACCAUUUAAUCCAAAUAUAAACUUACCAUCUAAUAUACUAUUUGUACCAAACCCAUUCACAUUAUUAAUAAAUGAAUCUUUUUCCAUUGGUUUGACUACAACCGAAAUUUAUCAUCAUAUAGAAUCAAAAGCAAAUUUCAAAAAUAAAUUAACAAAAGAUAAAUCCCAAGAUAUUUGCAAAUCUAUAAUCAACCAAAGAAACUUUUAUCCAUUACAUCCAGCAGAAGCACCAAUCAGUAUGAGAUAUUUACAACAUUUAAAUUUCCAUUUUACACCAGAUAUUUUAAUCCUUUCUAAAAAUACUCCAAUGGCAACAGUUGUAAACGACGCUUUAUGCUUGGGUGUCUCACCGUUAGUAACCAAAUUUUCAUCUGGCAGUUAUGUUGAAUUUACUGUAACCAAUUCUAAAGAUACUCCAAUUUCAAAGAGAACUUUGGUUAAUUUUAAAAAUAUUUAAAUAAAAAAAACUAUGUAAUUAAAACAC